AUGUCUACAGAUAGACUGACUGAUCUGAAUCUGGCGAAGCUUCGCGUGGAAGGGAGUGCUCAAAGCAAUGCUCCCGUGAGAGAUCAGGUCUCGGUCGUCAUCCAGCCAACCGGCAGAUCCGGUUGGAGUCUGUACGGAGGCCCUCCUUGCAUCGACGCCAUCCCCGAGAACGUUCUGGCCCAGAUCUGGGGAUUCUACGCGGCAGAAGGCCUAGAUGACGCGAGGCGCACCGAGGCGCACUUCAAAGUCGAGGUGCGGAAUGCCGACCCUUCGAUCGUGGAGAGGUACCCGCUGCCCAGCGACUUUGACGUGCAGAGGAUUCCGGAGAUGUUCGCACUGCUGGAGGUUCUCCAAACCAGGUUCAUCUGCGACAAGCACUAUGCGCGAGGGGAUCCCAGCUAUGCCUACAUCGAGCUCAUCUUCAGCCCGGAGGCCGACUGCCGGGUGGCGUGGGAGUUUGGCUGUCAUUGCGUUUCGGACGCCAGCUCUGAGCGCCCGCACAGCAGCAGCAGCGAAUCACUUUCGUCGGAAGCGCGACAUGCUGCUGCUUCGGAAUGGACGACGGCAUCGGAGCUUCGUCAGAUGACUAGGUUUUCUCAGCUGGAGGCUGAGCAAAAGAGACGGUACAUGAAAAGUCGUCCUAUGGAGGGGAGCUUUCUCACGACAGAGUCGUCUUCAGAUACGGAAGAUGACUCUGCUACAUUUCCUGCUCAGCCCGCUCACCUAUCUUCAGCUGCUCCAAAAAGGUGCAACAUGACAAACGCACGUUCGAACAGUGCUGCAGAAGCCGGACAGCUGAGAAAUGUGAGCCUUCGAAUGAAAAAUGGUACGGACACCCUCUCUCCUCUCCGACGCCCCCGUGAAGCAUCAUCAUCUCCCAAGCUCACCGCUAGCUACACAGUUUCCCUCCAAGGCCGCGUCACGGAAUCGGACCCCUGCUGGCCGGAUUUGACGGAUGUUGUUCCACGGCGAAUCCUGGACAGCAUGUACGACUGCUUCUCCCCUCCGCAUGCGCAUCUCGACCCGGCUGUCAAGUACAGUAUCGAGCUCACCUUUCCGCUGACCAGGCGUGCGGAUGCAGAGCACUAUGCGGAGAAGAUUCCUAAGCAGGUCCUCCGCACAGUCUACGAUUUCUGCAAGGACAACAUCAAACCCGACGAAGAUCUCCCCACCGGUCCCAUCCUGGGCGGUCACCAGGGCAAUGCCCACGAUCGCGGUCUGGAUCCGUCGCGGUUGGUCAAGUUCAGGUGCGAGCCGCAGAAACCGGAUCAAGUCGUUGUGAUGCUGGAUUUCGACCGUCCGGCUACGGAUAUGAACAAGAAGAGAUGGGCUCGACGCAACGAGAAACGCGAGCUUGCUGCCCGCGGGAACACCACGGUGGUCGUCACCCCUGAGGCCCCUUACUACGACGCUAUGCAGAACGAGACUUGCAUCUUGCUGCCCGAAGUCACUACUGGUCCCUACAGCUGGCCCAGAUCCCAAACUUUCCGACAGGAUAUGGUGGAGGGCCGAGCCGGUGUCCCGCUCUUCCUCGACAUCGGCGUCCUCAAUCUCAGCAGACCAUGGCCUUGUCGCUGUACUGGUCGCACACUGGAUCAACCCAUCUACGCCGAAGAGAUUGUCAACAGUUGGGAUCCGGUCAUGACUGUCAAUCCUUCGGAAGGAGAAGACGUUACCAAGGAAAUGGUCGCUCACAUCACCAUGGGUGUUGAAGCAUAA